UGUUGGAGAUGCAGGCAGACGAUAUGCCUUUACCGAGCAGACGCUCCAGAUUCCCUUCGAGAUGAGCAUUGGUGGCCAAAGCAGCAACGUCAUCACUGUUGGCACGAAUGGCUAUCUCAAAAUCGGCAACUCUGCCACACUGGUUGCGUUCGCUGACCAAGGUCAGGGGCUGUACAUUUACAAUGGUGGCAACGGUGUUUUCUAUCGCAUUACUGGUCCAGAAGGCUCGCGCGCGAUUGUGUUUUCAUGGUAUGUUGGUACCUACCGAUAUGGCCACCAACAGAACCACUUCACCAUCACCUACUUCGAAGAUCGUCCUGGACAGGUUCAAUACAAGUACUACGACGUCGUCCAAGAUCCAGGCCCGUCAGCACAUGCGGAAGUGGUCAUUAGUAAGUCUUUCCAUCAUAAACUCUGCCAGACAUCAAACUUAUUGGUUCGCAGACGGCGCUAG